CACUCUUACACAGAAGCAGAGCCCUGAGCGGCCAUAUCUGCCGCCGCCGCAGCUGUGAAUGCAGCGUCUGCACUUAGCUGCCUCUGCGCUGCUGAGGUUCGCGUCGCUAUCCCGUGGCCCUUGGCUGUUCCUGCCUUAACUACCACCGGUGGAACCCGCGUUGCCUACCUCGCUCCUUUUCCGCCGCACCCCGGCUGCUCAGACCAUGGAUCUCGGCAGCAGCAGCGACUCGGCUCCCGACUGCUGGGAUCAGGUGGACAUGGAAGCCCCGGGUUCGGCUCCAAGCGGGGAUGGAAUCGCCUCCUCGGCCAUGACAGCGGCCGAGGCAGCGGAAGAGGAGGCCCAGCGCAAGCAUCUCAGCAUGGCCUUCAGCAGUCAGCUCAACAUCAACGCCAAACCUUUCGUGCCUAGCAUAAGCGCCUUGGAGUUCGUGCAGUCCUGCCAGCCGGGAUCGGCCCCGCCACCCGCCCCCACGGCCUCCAGCUGUGACGAAACCUGCACCAGCGCCGCCGGAGAUUCCCAAGGUAAAAUGCUGGGAUGGGGAGCACCUGUGGAACCUUUGAAAGAUGAACAUUUAGUGUCUUGGGAAGGUUCCAGUUCGGCUGUUACCAUGGAACUUUCAGAACCUGUUGUAGAAAAUGGAGAGGUGGAGAUGGCCAUGGAAGAAUCGUGGGAGCUUAAAGAAAUAAGUGAAGCAAAGCCCGGGGUUUCUUUGGGAGAUGCGGGGCCCCCAGAAGAAAGUGGCAAGGAAAUGAUGGAGGAGAAGGAGGAAAUAAGGAAAUCAAAAUCCAUGGUCAUACCAUCAGGUGCUCCUAAGAAAGAACACGUAAAUGUGGUGUUCAUUGGGCAUGUAGAUGCUGGCAAGUCAACCAUUGGAGGACAAAUAAUGUUUUUGACUGGAAUGGUUGACAGAAGGACACUCGAGAAAUAUGAACGAGAAGCCAAGGAGAAGAAUAGAGAGACUUGGUAUUUGUCCUGGGCCUUAGAUACAAACCAGGAAGAACGAGACAAGGGUAAAACAGUGGAAGUGGGUCGUGCGUAUUUUGAAACAGAAAAGAAACAUUUUACAAUUUUAGAUGCCCCUGGCCACAAGAGUUUUGUCCCGAAUAUGAUUGGUGGUGCCUCUCAGGCUGAUCUGGCUGUCUUAGUCAUCUCUGCCAGGAAAGGAGAAUUUGAAACUGGAUUUGAAAAAGGUGGACAGACAAGAGAACAUGCGAUGUUGGCCAAAACAGCAGGGGUAAAAUACUUAAUAGUGCUUAUUAAUAAAAUGGAUGAUCCCACAGUGGAUUGGAGCAGCGAGCGAUAUGAAGAAUGUAAAGAAAAACUGGUGCCCUUUUUGAAAAAAGUUGGUUUCAGUCCGAAAAAGGACAUUCAUUUUAUGCCCUGCUCAGGACUGACUGGAGCAAAUAUUAAAGAGCAAUCAGAUUUCUGCCCCUGGUACACUGGAUUACCAUUCAUUCCAUAUUUAGAUAGUUUGCCAAACUUCAGCAGAUCAAUUGAUGGACCAAUUAGGUUGCCAGUGGUGGAUAAGUACAAGGAUAUGGGCACUGUGGUCCUGGGAAAGCUGGAAUCAGGAUCCAUUUUUAAAGGCCAGCAGCUUGUGAUGAUGCCAAACAAGCACAAUGUAGAAGUUCUGGGAAUAUUUUCUGAUGAUGCUGAAACUGAUUUUGUAGCCCCAGGUGAAAACCUCAAAAUCAGACUGAAAGGAAUUGAAGAAGAAGAGAUUCUUCCAGGCUUCAUACUUUGUGAACCCACUAAUCUUUGCCAUUCUGGACGCACAUUUGAUGUUCAGAUAGUGAUCAUUGAGCACAAAUCUAUUAUCUGCCCAGGUUAUAAUGCGGUUCUUCACAUUCAUACUUGCAUAGAGGAAGUUGAGAUAACAGCCUUAAUCUCAUUGGUAGACAAGAAAUCAGGAGAGAAAAGUAAGACAAGACCCCGUUUUGUGAAACAAGACCAAGUGUGUAUUGCCCGAUUAAGGACAGCAGGAACUAUCUGCCUGGAGACAUUUAAAGAUUUUCCUCAGAUGGGUCGUUUUACUUUAAGAGAUGAGGGUAAGACAAUCGCCAUUGGGAAAGUUCUGAAACUGGUCCCAGAGAAGGACUAAGCAAUUUCAUUGAUGCCUCUGCACCAUAAUGUGUGAAUAAAUGUCUGCAAUUUACUGCCCAUUGACAGACUUGUGUGCAUAUUUUGCAGAGAAAUUUCACAGCAAAAUUCACGUUUUGUCAGCUUUCUCAUGUUGAGAUCUCAGUUGUGUCACUCUUGAAUUCAUACUCAAAUUUCUUCCCUCUGUACCACUCUGCUUUCUUGGACAAAUCAGUAAUAGCUUUGUAAGUGAUGUGUAUGUAAUUGCCUAAAAUACUAAAAAUAAUAUAUUUUAAAUCUCUAAUUUCCCUUUGGGAUAUCUAGAUAUCCUUUGUUCUGUGCAGAACAAAUCAGUGUGUCAGUGUGUGUAUAUGUUGAUGAAGAUAACUAACAUGUAAAUAAAAUGUUCCAGUUGAAACUUCAGUAUUUGAAA